UUUCUCUCAAUAUUCACACACUCAAACACUGUGAGAUUGAAAGCAAAGAUAGGUUAACAGUUGUUUCAUUGUAUACAGCGUUAAAUAUGAUAUUAAACUAUCCAAGUACGCGUAAAGCAAACCUUUUUUCAACAGAAUCAAGAUGAUUAAUUGAGUUCACAUUCACUUGUACAAAUUUCCCGCAAUCGGUGUGUUCCCUUGACGCCAUCAUCAUGAGCUACAAGACCUGUUUAUUUUGCAAGAGAUCAAUGGAGCAAUUUUGCUACAGUAUUUAUGAUCCAGUAAAUCAACCUUAUUUAAACAUUAUGCAGCUAUUUGGGGAUGUUGAAGAGAAUUUGAGACAUGGUCGAUACAUAUGCCAUGAAUGUCUGUAUAUAAUAAGAUGGAUGUAUUUCAUGAAGAAGAUACUGGCUGAUGCUUUGCUGGAUGAUGACAUUGGAGAGAAUGAUAGAGUGAUUCCUGCAUUCAAUAUUUUCAAGGUGAAAAUCAACCAUCCUGUGUUUCUCUUGGAUGAAGAUGGAUGCAGUGAAAAUGAAGAUGAUGAUGAACAAGAGAAUAAUAUGUCUUCUAGUAUGCAAGUGCAAUGCCUUGACUCAGAGGAUGAAUGCAGGUCACCAAGAAAUUUGCAAGAUUAUGAAUAUUUUAAUGGAGGACUGAAAAUAGCACAAAGACAGCCUACAGCUUCUCAAGUUCCUUUAGCAGAUGGAAAUUCGAACUGGUGUCUCACACAACAGGUGGGAAAUACAGAAGUUGGUAGCUGUAGUCAAAGACUUCUGAAUUCUGGAGAAAACAGACUGAUGCAGUACUCAUGCAAUAUCAAUGUAUGUAGACACACAUGUGAUACAUUUAAUGAGUUGAAAAAUCAUUAUCAACUCCAUCAUUUGAAUGAACAGAUGGAUCUUACUUUGGAGAGUUAUGGAAAACAAUUGCAAGAAUACAACAAAACACAUGCAGGAGUUGCAAAUCAACGACGAAAAAAGUUUCGAUGUUUGUUAAGUCAUUGCCGAAAAGCAUUUAAAUCAUUAGAAAGCUUGUCUGAACAUAAAGUGAAGGAACAUAACUUACUGGCCAAGUUCUGGUGUGUUGAAUGUUACAAUCUUCCAUUUAUUUCGCGGGACGACUUAAAUCAACAUUCAUCAUUUUUUCAUUCACAUGACAACAUCAUUCAACGUUCUCUAGAAUAUCCGUGCAAAUAUUGUGAUAAAUACUUCUUGGAAAAGAAUCUUCUCAGUGCACACCAGCUCAAGCACCACUAUCUUCAAUUUAUUAAACAAUCAGAAGUAAAACUUAAAAGUCAGACGUCAAUUGUGAAAAAAAUUGAGCAUAAUUCUGUAGAAAGCAGUACCAAUUGCAACAAAACGAUAAAAAAUGGCGUUUGCUAUUUUAAGAUGCGUCGACAAAAAGAAAUUACAUUGAGCAAGGAAAGGCCGGAUGUUUCAAUGAAGUGGUUGAAAUUUAAGUAUCCACACUUUGAUUCUAAACCAUUGACAAAUAAUAUACUACCAAAAGUUGAUAAUCCAUUAGGUGCGAGUGACAGAGGAAAGGAAAAAGUACUAAUUAGUCUACCACCGAGAAAAAGGCGGCAAUAUCAAGCAGCAAUUGAAACUUUGGCACCGGCAAGUAUUGACAGUCAUCCUGCCGUGAUUUCUGAAAUUAAAGAAAACGUGUCACAAAUUUCAAACACGUUGCCCGUGGUUGAAACCCAUCAGCCUAAUAAAGUAUUAGAAUUACCAAAAAUUGAUUCCAAAGCUGAAACAAGCUUGGUGGAAAGUACAAAACUGCCUGUGAAUGAUGAAUCAUCCCAUACUCCGAUAAAUAUGACCGUUCCAGAUAAAAUAGAAAUUAGUAGUCAAGAGGAACAAAUACAACUAAUAAACUCAAUUGAAGCUAAUUCCAUUGAAUCUGUUGAAAAAUUGUAUAAAAAUAAUUGUAUUAAUAAUGUGGCAGACCCAUUGAAAUUAACAAAUAAUGAUUUAAAUGUGAAUGCACCAGUGAUAGCUGAAGAUGAGAAAGAUGCAGUUAUACCAUCGGAAGUUCCUGAAGUUAAGGUUGAUUUGCCAUUAAAAACUUAUAAUUGCCGAAAACGUAAAAGACCUCAUCAGAAUAAAAGCAAAACUUCCACUUCUAUAAAAAAGACAAAACAAUUAUCCGAAAAUAAACCUCAAGGUAGCCACGAGCCGAAAGCAUGUAAACAUUCGGGUUCAAUGAAAGAAGAUAGUUUGGUACCACAGGUUGUGAGUAAAAUCGAAGAAAAAGACAAUGACAACAAUACCGGUCGGAUAACAAUGACUAUAUCUUUGAAAGCAAUAAAACAGUAUACAAAUAACAAGGAAGAAAAGCGCGAAAGCAAACGCCAAAAGAAAUUGAAAGAGAAGAAAAAGGGUAAAAAAGAUCCUGCUUUCACAUCAGAACAAACAACAAGCUCUAAGCCUAUAAAAGAAUCUAUAAUAAAUGCUGUUGUUAACGAUAAUGCCAAAUUAGAAUCAACAAGCAACGAAUAUAUUCCGAAUGAUGUUCAUGUACCUGCUUCCGAAGCCUGUCCGAUUUUUCAAGCCCUUGAUGAAACUAGUUCUGUUACAAGUCAGAUAAAUGUAAAUACAGAGGUUCCUGAAACAAAUCAUAUUUAUAGAGAUAUAUCGGAAUCUGAAAAUGAAUCCCGUCAUGAUAUUAUUUUGAACAAAGAUGAAAUUAAUAUGAUUAUUUUUGGUGAGACACUCAAUACAAAUGGAAUAAGCAAUGAUAUUCCAUUGGCAAAUGAACAAAUUGUUGAUGUAGCUGCUGAAGAAGUAAGUUCAACAGAAAAAAGUAAUGGUCAGCUUGAUAUUUCACCUCCGACUGUUGCCAAAUUGCCUAAAAAGAAAAACAAGUCUAAGUCUAGAAUUGGAAAAAAGCGGAAAAUCAAGCGCAAACCUGAUAAAAUACUGAAACUUUCCAUGGACGCGGAUGGUAAGGUAAUUGAUAAUCAGCAGUUGCAAAAACCACCUUGCAUUGGGGCAGACACAGAGGGUGAAGAUACUGUGGAAGGACAAAUUUCCAAUGUUCAAUUGAAGGAUCAUUUGUAUGCCAGAAGUGCUUUCAACGCAUUUAAAAACUCUAAAUAAGAAUCUUCACAAUUGCAAAAUUAUUCAAACAGUUCGGUUUUAUGGCAUGGAUGCAUGAUCUUUAAUUCCACAGUAAUAAUGGUCUUUUCUGCGAUGGCAUCAGUCCUUGUAAAUUUGAUAUUUAUAAUUAAUGUAAAUUUUGUACAUUUUAUCAUAAGUUGAUACUAGUGGCGAUGUAAUGAUUGUAUGAUUAUUUAAUAAGUUGUACUGGUUGAGCAUAUACUGAAUGAAAAUAAUGUUGAUAAUG